AGGUGGUUGGCAGCGAGGGUGGGUGGUGGGUGUGGUGGCGGGUGAGGGAGCCUCACUCCACGCUCACCCACCACACUGUGCACACCUCUCACACCUCUCCCUCACUCGCCAUGACUUCAUACACGGACAAGGGCUCCAAGCCUGACUCUGGCAAGUUCCUCCACUUCGACCACAUCACCUUCUGGGUCGGCAACGCUAAGCAAGCGGCCAGUUACUACUCUACCAGACUGGGGUUCGAACCGUACGCCUACAAAGGUCUGGAGACUGGCUCCCGUGAAGUGUGCUACCAUGUCGUCAAGCAGAACAAGAUCAUGUUCGUGUUCGCCUCGGCGCUCAACCCCAACAACGAGGUGAUGGGUCGCCACCUGGUCACUCACGGAGACGGCGCCAAAGACAUUGCUUUCAACGUUGAGGACCUCGAUGCUAUAGUGAAGCGGGCCAAGGAGCGUGGAGCGAAGGUGGUGCGAGAGAUCUGGGAGGAGGAGGACGAGGGUGGGAGAGUCCGCUUCGCCACAGUCCAGACGUACGGGGACACAACGCACACCUUCGUGGAGAGAGGAGACUACAAGGGCCUCUUCCUCCCUGGUUACAAGCCUCCCCUCACCCCUGUCGACAGGAUCCUCGCAAAGUUACCUGCACCCCACCUGGACUUCAUAGACCACAUCGUGGGUAACCAGCCCAACCUGGAGAUGGAGAGCACGGUUGACUGGUAUGAGAAGCACCUAAUGUUCCAUCGAUUCUGGUCUGUUGACGACACGCAGAUCCACACAGAGUACUCGGCCCUCCGCUCCAUAGUUGUAACCAACUGGGAAGAAACAAUCAAGAUGCCCAUCAACGAGCCAGCGCCCGGGAGGAGGAAGAGCCAGAUACAGGAGUACGUGGACUACUAUGGCGGUGCGGGCGUCCAGCACAUCGCUCUCAACACCCAGGAUAUCAUCUCCUCGGUCAGUACUAGAGACUGAUGAAGAUUAAGCCAC